GGGGCGGAGGGACCUAAGAGGCUGAUCGAAUCGCGGGCGGAGGGAUACGUUGCCAUGGGAACGCGGAGACCUUGCCCAUAAACCUGUGGCCUCCCGGGCGGCCUCCUGCUCCCUCCCCUCCCCUUCCCCUUUCCUGAACCCUACCGAUCCUCCUUUACCUUCUCCCAACCCUUCCACCUCUUCAUCUUAACCUAGGAACUGACAGUCUAGUAACCGUAACUGUAGUGCAGGAGCGUUAGACCGUUCUGUGAAAGCCUGUAAAAUCUAACCGCUGAUGUCGCUGUCGCCACCUUUCGCUUUGGGGUACCUGGCCUAGUCUUCCACCCGGGGAUCUUUGAGGCUCAUCAGAGCAACACUUGAGACUGAGCUUUGUGUGGAAGAAGAGCCCCUGGUCAGGAGUGCAGCAGCUACCCUCAUUGCAAGUCUACUUCAGAUAUUCCUGCCUCUAAUCGAGGAAGCAAAUAUGUCACGGUUCCUAAGAAAUGAGGAUAAUGAGGACAACAUGCUAACUAUGUCCGUUAGUCUAAGUGAAGGGGAAAGUGAUAGAAUGGCCAGAGUAACUAGGUCACUCAGUCUAAGAGAAAGUGAACCAGAGGAAAAGUUUGAGGAUGCCCAUGAAAUUAUCCCUGUGGCAACAACAAUGAAUCUCUUAUCAUCCUUGGAAGAAUGCACAACUGGAUUGUAUUUGUUUCUAAAUAACAGAUUCUCCGAUGCAAUCAGUCUUAUCCACCCAUGGUCAAAUAACAGCCCAUACCACGCCCUAAUAUACAGUAUGCUUAUGAUUGUCAAGGCCAUUCUGACUUUUGAGCCACAGGAUAUUCAGAUUGGAAUGAAUGCUGCAAAGGAAGCUUUGAAAACCUGCAACAAUUUUCGGAAAAGACCCAGGAUAAUGACUUUAUCUCGCCUAGUGAGUAGGCAGGGAAUAAGGUCGAUCAAAGAGGAGGAAUUACAUGCCGAAGUGUGUUAUGCUGAGUGUCUGAUCUUGAAGUCUGCCAUAACAUUCAUACAAGAUGACAGUUUGCUGAAUUUCCUUAAAAGUGGCAUCAAUGUUGGGUCAAGCUAUCAAAUAUACAAAGACUGCCAACAGGUCUUAGAACUUAUGCCUGAUAACCAAAGUAAAACCCACAGACACCUGGAUGGAGGGGUAAAGUUUGGACUUGGAGUAUUCAAUCUGAUGUUCUCACUUGUGCCACCAAAGUCACUUAAACUUCUCAAUAUUGUUGGCUAUUCUGGUGACAGGGAAGUAGGCCUGGCUUUACUUCACGAAAGUGCGUCUGAGCCUCAUAUAAAUAACAUCUUAAGUGUUUUCACUCUUCUCUUUUAUUACAAUUAUGUGCGUGUGGCUGUUGGUGUUGAAAAGGUUUCCACGUCUGCUACAGAAAGUCUCUUCCUAAUCUACCUGGAGAAGUUCCCCAACUGUGUUGUACUUAAAUUUUUUCGUGCACGUUUCAGCAUGCUGAAUGGAAAUUUUGAAACCGCACAGUUAAAGUUACAAGAGUGCAUUAUUACGCAAAAUGAAUGGAAGCAGGUUCAUCACCUCUGUUACUGGGAACUCAUGUGGUGCCAUAUUUUUCUGCAGAAUUGGAGGCAGGCAUUCAACUAUGCCAAUCUACUGUCUCAACAUAGCAGGUGGUCUAAGGCAAUAUAUACCUACAGCAAAGCUAUAAUAAUGGCCUUGCUUCCUCCUAAUUUUGUGAACUCAGAAAAUGAGAGCAUGAGUUCUAUCUUCUUACAGGUGGACAACCUGAGAAUUAAAUUUUUAGGAUCUUCUGUGCCAAUAGAGAAGUUUAUUGCUGAGAAAAGCCAGCGCUAUGGUACUACAACAGGCUGGUUUACAGCACAGCCCCUUCUGGAAUUCAUUUAUGCCUGGAGUGGCUUCCGAGUCAUGAGCAAGAAAAUAGAGCUCAUUUCAAGCUGGCUGUCGAUAAUUGACAAAGGGAAAGACCUUUUGAAUGAAAACCCGAACGAGGAGUAUGGCACGGAUGACAUGAGCUUGUUAAAUUUGCUGAAAGGCCUCUGCCUGAAACACUUGGGCAAACAUUUGAAGGCUGAGCAUUACUUUAUUCGUGUUAUCAAGAAGGAGAAAAUGUUAAAAUAUGACCGCUAUUUGGUGCCGUAUAGUUACUAUGAACUGGGAAUGCUGCAUUAUCUGAAGGGAGAUUAUGCCAGUGCAACAAAAAACCUAGACAACAUAAAGAACUAUAAAAACUAUUCCAUGGAAGCCCGGCUACAGUUUAGGGCUCACAUUGCCCUUGAACAAAUAGCUAAAUUAGAAAAGUGAUUUCUAACCCAGUGUGCUUCUGUUUAGUGUGAGCGGGAUAUCCACAGUCGGUCAGGUAAUUAGUGGGUAGAAAAGUAAUUCCUGUGAAAAACAAAAACCCAAGAGGUGGCUGAUAGGAGUCUGAUAAGUCAAUAAGAAAGGAAUACGCCCUUUCUUUGCCCCCUCUCCCUCUCCUUACCCAUAAAACGCAAUGCUUAGACUGAAAACCGGAGUGAUGCACAUUCUUGGAAAAGAAAAGGCAAAUGCUGUACAUAGCAAAAAUAUUCAUGAGUUGAUUCCAUUAACAGUUUUAAAACCUCCUAAGGCUUAGCCUCCCACCAGAUAAUGAAUAUGUCCUGAACAGAACAUAGUGAAUGCUUAACUGGUAAAGAAAUGACCUCCACAUCUUCCUGUUUCAAAAAUAACAGCACACAAAGUGGUAUGAACUCUGGAAGGUUUUCCCUUAGAAACAGUCACUUUCAUUGGCUUUUAUAUCUAAGAUGAUUUCUCCCUGUGUGAUAAGGACUAUCUUUUACACUUUUACAUUAGGAAUACUAUGAAGUUCUAAUAUGAAUUUAUAAUUUGCCAUUGGGUAGUGAAGAAAGAAGUCUCCACCCAUAUAUAAACCCUAUGAUGAUAAUUGGAGGAGAUCAAGAGGAUGUUAAAAAAGAGGAUGAUGGGUUAAAAAAAAAAAAAAAGGACUGGGGACAUGGCUUAGCAAAUAAAGCAUUUGCCACAUCAGCACGAAGGCCAGAGUUUGGCUCCCCAGAACCUAGGUAAAUUCUUCUGGGUGUGUGUGGCAAGCCCACCUAUAAAAGGUGGGAGGAGGUGGGGCCCCAGGAACAAGCUGGCUCUUUAGAUGAGCCAGCUUCUGGGAGCUCUAGGUUCAGCUGCCUCAGUAAAAUGGAAAGCAAUCAGGGCCACCACGUGCAUAGGCACUUACAUACACACCCACACAUUUGUUCACACACACACACGGUACAAGCAAACAUGGGCACACCACAUAAAACUGAAAAAAAUUAAAAAUGA